ACUAUGGCUUCUGCAGCAGCGGCAGCAGAGAAGGGCUCUCCGGUUGUGGUGGGGCUGCUGGUCGUGGGCAACAUCAUCAUUCUGCUGUCAGGCCUGGCCCUGUUUGCUGAGACGGUAUGGGUGACAGCCGACCAGUACCGCGUGUAUCCACUGAUGGGCGUCUCGGGAAAGGAUGACGUCUUCGCUGGCGCCUGGAUCGCCAUCUUCUGCGGCUUCUCCUUCUUCGUGGUGGCCAGCUUUGGUGUGGGUGCAGCACUCUGCCGCCGCCGGUCCAUGAUCCUCACGUACCUGGUGCUCAUGCUCAUCGUCUACAUCUUUGAGUGCGCCUCCUGCAUCACGGCCUACACCCACCGAGACUAUAUGGUGUCCAGCCCAUCCCUGAUCACCAAGCAGAUGCUGAGCUUCUACAGCGCAGACACGGACCAGGGCCGGGAACUGACCCGCCUCUGGGACCGCCUCAUGACUGAGCAAGAGUGCUGUGGCACAUCUGGUCCCAUGGACUGGGUGAACUUCACAUCAGCCUUUCGGGCGGCCACCCCGGAGGUGGAGUUCCCCUGGCCCCCACUGUGCUGUCGCCGGACUGGCAACUUCAUCCCCCUCAAUGAAGAAGGCUGCCGCCUGGGCCACGUGGACUACCUGUUCACCCAGGGCUGCUUCGAGCACAUUGGCCAUGCCAUCGACAGCUACACGUGGGGCAUCUCGUGGUUUGGGUUUGCCAUCCUGAUGUGGACGCUCCCUGUGAUGCUGAUAGCCAUGUAUUUCUACACCACCUUGUGAGGACCAAGAAGGGAAGGCCACGUGCACACAUCGCCUCCUCCUCCUGCUCCUGCCUCCUCCAGCUGAGGCCUGGAUGGUCACCUCACCUCUUCCCUUCCCACCUCCCUCACCCUUCCCUCCUUCCACUCCAAAGAUCUUUUCCCAGGUUUCUGAACCCUGCUGGGACUUAAGGGUGCCUUGAAACUCUUGAACAUAUGGACCCUUAGCCCUUAACCUCAUUUCACUUGGCUGAUUCCUGGCCCAUCUGUCAGUGUCAACUUAGAGUCCUGUCUUCAGGGAACCCUUCCCUGAUCCCACCACCGCACUCACAGAUGCCUCUCUUGUAGCUCCCUGGGCUCCUCCCUCAUGGCGGGUGUCGCCAUUACUGCUGAAUAGUUUGUGAUUGUCUGUUUAAGCUCUGGUAGGCUGGAAUUGCCGUAAUGGGAGGGGCAAGUUCUCUCAUGGUCUCUUUAUUGUCCCCAGCAUCACCCAGCACAGGGCUGAAAAUGAAUGUUCAAUAAAUACUGGUUG